AUGAUAAAAACCAAAAAAGUGUCGUUGAAGCAGCAAACGUUGUCACAAGUGAUAAGAAAGCUAGGAACUGCGACGUUUUGGUUUAAAAACGGAAGACAUCGAGAUGGAUUUCUGCUAACCGAGGAUCAUUUACACAAAGCGAGAAGUUUAUCGGAUAAUGUCAAGCAACGAUGGUUCAUGCAGAAGCUGGACCACUUCGACAUCAACGAGAAACGAAUGUUCAAUCAGAAGUAUUACACAAACAGCGUUUUCUACAAACCAGAUGGACCCAUGUUUCUGAUGAUCGGCGGCGAGUCCCCAGCUCGGCCAGUGCUCAUUGACGAAAGUAUCGCAGAGCUCUUCGGUGCUUUAUGCUUUUACUAUGAUUUUAGUGACAUCAGUACGCCGAACUUAAAAUGGCUUUCAAGCGAACAAGCACUUGCUGACAUUGCCUUUUUUAUUCAAUCGAUGAACACCGCAUACUCAAUUAAAAGUCCCAAGUGGAUUACAUUUGGGGGCUCAUACCCAGGAAACUUGGCAGCCUGGUUUAGAAUGAAGUAUCCGCACUUGGCGAUUGGAGCAGUAUCCAGUAGUGCUCCAGUAGAAGCAAAAGUUAAUUUCUGGGAAUACCUAAAAGUGGUGGUGCAAUCCCUGAAAGAUUACAGCUCAAAAUGUGUGGAAAACAUUCAACAGUCAGUUCGUUGCGCUGUGUUUGUUACAAAUACGACUAAUCUGUUCGCCAAUCUAUUUUUCAACUUUGCCGGAGUGGUGCAAUACAGUAAGGACAACAGGGUAAUUUUGUUACCUAUUAUUCUGAAAUACGUUUCCUUUUUUUUCAGACCAACUUUAGGUCGCCUCUGGACGUACCAAACAUGCACAGAAUUUGGGUAUUACCAGACAUCCGACUUACAAGAGAACAACCCAUUCUCGCACAGAUUUAACUUAAACUUCUCCCUGUUACAAUGCGAGGACAUAUUCGGCUCAGAGUAUGAAGGUAAACUGGUAUCGGAAUCCGUCAGUCAAACGAACAUUAGAAACGGAGCAAAAGAUAUCAAGGUAUUCAUCUACAAGAUAACAGUAGCUAAGAUGCAUUUUAUUUUUUGCGCUUGUACAAAAUAUGAGAACUACGAAGAAAUGCAAUUAAAGAUUUUGUUUCUAGGAACGGCGCACUGUGCGAACAUGUACCCGGCUAAUGCGAACGACCCUCCAGAGCUGGUUGCUGCAAGAAAACAAAUCACUUCAGUGAUUGCACAGUGGCUAAGCCAGUCUUCUUCAUAA